AUGUGUCGAUGCGAGUUCCACCACCGUCGUUUCUAUUUCUUGGUGCAUGACUUUGCAAAGCCUGAACCCAAUUUUGUGCCUGCUGCUUGGUUUCGGGUUGUGCUGCUCAGUCCAGAAUAUGUCGAGGGACGGCGCCGACAACAGCAACUUGCGGCAGACCAAGAAAAUGAGGAGCGUCUCACCGUGAUGGACCGUACCGAAGUGGCAAAGUUACCGCUUUUCGGCCGUAACAAGUGUUUCUUCCAGAGUAUUGAUGGUAUGGUUGUUGGCAAGAGAGACCAUAAACAAGAACGAGAAAGCCGGAAAGAACCAACACAUGACCUUCCCCACGAACAAGAGCAUGUGCAAGAUCAAGAGCGAGAGAAAGUGCAAGAAGAAGGACCCCAAGACCAUGUCUUCAACACAUGGGUGCUUUUGGACUGUGGAAAUAACGAGUUCCACAUGACUCCCAUACCCAAACCUCUAAGUUGGAACAGCGACGACAAGAGUAUUGAUAACGAUCACGCAAAGGCGGAAAUAUUUACUCCGACGGGGCUCAGUGCAACCGAUCUCGUCAACGAAGCAACAAGCAAAGGAGGCCUAGCUGUUGCACUGCAGGCGUUUGUGUCGGAUGGCACUGCUAAAGACCAGCAUCCCCCGCUCGAGGAAUUGAAAGCCGAAGGCAGAACGUACUAUCGCCGCCAAAUCCGGAUAUGUCACGAAAAUUUACGGGCAGCGGUCGACGAGAGCGUCACGAACGCAUACAGGCAGCGAAUUAUAUGGUAUGCGACGCUGCUGGAAUACUUGUUUAUGAGUAUCCAAACCAAUGAAGAGGAGUUCGCUAUGAUCAAUUACUUCGACGACGACAGUCAACAGGAAGAGGAAGAUGAAGAUGGGGAAGGAAGCAAGAUCACGGCACAUGGAGAUGGUGUUGCACCAUGGGAGGAUGAAGACCCUCUGGAGGAUGACAGUUCCUUAGAUGAGGAGAGUGAUGCAUGA